AUGGAGACCCCACUGUCCCACGGGUGGAAGCCCCUCCACCUCGACCGCUACGACGGCACCACGGACCCCGACGAGCACAUCGACUCGGUUUUUCCGACCUCACUCAAGGGACCCGCGCUUCAUUGGUACACCCAACUACUAGCCAGAUCCAUCGACAGCUUUGCCACCUUGAUGCGGCGCUUCGUGGCACAAUACGCCACCAGCCGGCCUCACCACACAACCUCGGCCGCCUUGGCCAACCUCAGGCAGAACGAUGAUGAAUAUCUGCGAGCUUUCAUGGAGCGCUUCUCCAACAUCUCUGUUCGGAUCCGGAAUCUAAACCCGGAGGUCGCCCUGCACGCCAUGCUCAUGGCACUGAAACCCGGAUUGUUCGUCGACAGCCUAUGCCGCGACACCCCUAGUUCCUUCAACACGGGUAAAAUGGUUCACAUACCAAAAUACUUUCUACUGUCCAAGUAA